CAGCUACGCUCGGCGAGCUGCAUAGAUUCACCAUCCUGCUCCUGCCUCGCCUCCUCUCUAUUCCGCAUCAUCAACCUGACCAUCACUCCUUCGCCAUCAUCCACCGCUUGUACAGCAGAGCAGAACUUCUAUCACUCGAUUGGGCUGUAGCCCUCGAGUCAUAAUCAGAGUGGGGGCGUAGACGGUUUCGCUUCACCCCUCUAUCUUUGUUCGCGAUGGCGGACGUCGAUACCCGUCCGCGGUCCACGCCGCUACAAAGCGACUUCAACUACCCACAGCAGCGAACAUCUAGCCUUGAUGACGCUCUCGCAGGUCCGUCAAACAUCGCUUCUUACAGCAACAACAGCGUCGCAGGCCCGUCCAACUCGGUCUCCUCCGAUCCUCAAGACCAGCUAACGAGCGACUUUGGCAUGUCAGCAGGCGGUAGCAGCCUGUAUGGCGGCUUGCUCAAUGGCGCGAACUCCCUCGACCUGACGUCGUCACAUCACGACAAUCCACUCUUUACAUCGAGCAGUAGCUUGUCCGCAGUCCUUCCCACGCUACCAGACGGCCUGCUCCAGCUGCCCGAAGUCCUCGACGAGGACCUAUCUGCUUCGUCCCGCCUCGAGUUUCCGGACAUUCCCGCCAUGCUGUUCGAGCAGGCGCCAGAGUACGAAUAUGGGCGCUCAAUCACUCGACGGUGUGAUGACGCCCUACUUUGACGACCAUCACACGCUCGCGAAGAGAAGACGCUGACUCGUUGCCCGUUCGUACUCCCUCCUCCCUCUACUACGCUUUCUCCUCGCCAUUGCUCAUCACCGCGUGCUAGUCGGCCCAUACACGAGC